AUGGAGUCGGCUUCGCAGCUCUACCAGCCCAUAGACAACAAAGAACUCUUCCGGUCGUGCCGCAAGGAUCCCAAAUUCCCUGGCAUUUCGCUGGGUAUGUUGCGAAACGACAAAAACUAUCGCAAGCUGGUCAAAAAGCAGGCCAAGGACCUGGAGCUGCUGCGCCGACGACAUGAAAAGGAGGCCUCCACCAUGCUGCGUGCUCACACCAUCCUCACGGACAAACUGAAUGCAGCGCAUGCCAAGGCAUCCGCCGGGCAGAAGGCCGCCGCACAGAAGUACGUAGUUUUCUAUUAA